AUGAUUAAUAUCCCGCAGGAGGACGGAACGUGCGCGUGCAAAGACGGUUGGACCGGGGAGGGAUGCGAGCGCGCGACUCCGGGCAUUUCCAAGGAACGUCGACGCGACGGUACGUACGGCUAUUCCUUCACCACCGAGGCGGAGAGGGGCGUGGGCGCGGCGAUUUUUGACCCGCAGAAGAAGGUUUUGUACGUAUCCGUGUACGAUGCCGCGGCGGGAGCAGAUGCGGUGUUCGAGGUGGACCCCUUGAACCCCGCAACCUUCACGGCGAGCAGCCUGACGUCGCGCGGCUGGGGCGUGGCUGGUCCCCACCGCGCAGAUGGCGCGACAAAGCAGCCCGUCGCGCUCGCCCCUGAUGCGGGCUACUGCGGCACGGCGACGGGUAUUCAGACCGCAGCGGGAUGUUCAGAUGGGACACAUCCCAGGGCUCACGGUCAUUACAACGCAACGCUUUCCGGCGGAUGGUACUCGGUCUUCAGGGGCCUGGCUCUCGACCUCAGUGGUCCCUUGACUGGUGUAUUCGGCUCGCUCAACAUGCACGGAGCCGCCCAGCCGACGCCAUACAAGUUUAAGAUCGUCAAGUACGUCGGCAAAGAUUGCACCGGUUCCUCGUGGGACGAUUGCGUCAUCGGGUCCGCGAGCUCGCGAAAUCCGAGCUACGUGUACGGUGGGAACGGCACCCUUGAUGCGAUGGCAUCUAACGAGGUAACCGGCCAGGUGGUUUACAAGUUUUCACCACACGACGGUGUGUCCCCGGGGAAGGUCGGGAUGCUUGCAGCUGAUCUGUCUACGUCUACGGAGUUUCACAUCGAUCCCACGCUAAUGGACACGAGGGUUAGCGGUACGUGCCCGGCGUGCGCGACGCACCACGAGGCUCUGAGGUUCGAGACUGCGAUGUACGCGCAGACUGCUUUGGACGGCAAAAACUGGGUCAUCUUUGCGGGCGCAGCGAGGAUGGAGUCGGACGGAACCUCGUACCCAGCGCUGUUCAAGAUCUCCGCGGACUCCUCGGCCUUUACCACGGGCCAGGGCACUGGUCAGGAAAUGUAUCUCGACGGAUCGAGCGAAGCGCUUAAGCUUCCCAGCGCGUGCGAGGGUGUGACGGAUGCGAAGCAGGGUCGCCACACCUCGUUCACGUCGCUGACGAAGCACGGGUCAUACGGGUACGCAGGCACUUCGGGUCGAGACGCGAAUUGCGAUGGUUGCGAGCAUCGCUCGGCGUGUGUGGUCAUGUUUUCGCUCGACUACAACAGUUUAGACUCCCCGACGAAGGUCAUCGUGUUCGAGGGUGGGGACGGGGGUCUGGACGAGAAGGACGUCUGGGCCGCGGCGGUCGAGCCCAUCACUGAAAUGGGUGCCGACGGUGGGUUCAUCUACUUCGCAGUCGGUGACCGCUCGAACUCUGGUUUUGGGAGGAUCGUCAAGGUCAUGAUCGGUGGGACGGAUACGGCAUCGACGUGCACAUCGGGCUGCUUCAAACGCGUGGGUACGUUCGAGGAGAGCGCUCCGUUUGGAGGUAUUGUCCACGUCGCCGACCUCAACGGGAUUGUAUCCCUCAGUCGGUCGUUCACAAACACGACAUACACGAAGUUUUCGACAGCGUCGGUGACCUCCAUAUCUCCUCAGUUUGUGAGCUCUACUACGUCUGGGACGAUUGUUACGAUCCGAGGGACCGGGUUCUACUCUCCCUGGAACGACGAGUCGACCUACAACGUGAGCUGCAGGUUUGGCCACACCUCCACUUUGGACUCGGACUUUCAGGAGGAGGCGUGGAGCGGCGCGAUUUACGUGUCUUCCACGGAGAUUCGCUGCACGGUGCCCUCGGCAUUGGAUUCGAUGACUUCUACGAAAACGAACAACCGGCAAACGUACACGGAACUUGAGGUUUCCUUUGACGGGUUCCCCGUCGAUGGUGUUCCAACGUCUGGAUCGCUCAACCCUUACUGGGGGAAAAGCAUGUGGACUCGUCACAACGCCGUUGUCUUUUACUACGAUGAACCAAUCAUCGCCUCUUUCGACGUUGGACACGGCGACUACGGGAACAAGGUAUUGUUCACUGGCGAAAAUGAGACCAACGCGCCCGUCACGCUUCGAUUGUUUGGUGGUCCAUUCAUCGACAGUGACGGCAGUGAUGGUGGACCGGCGCGCCUGAAGUGCAGGUACAACGGCGAUGCCACCACCGAUGUCGCGGCAACUUUUGUCGCCGUGAACCAGCUGCAUUGCCCACUGUGUGAGGUCUCCAACGCGUCUGGAGUCGAUCGUUGCGGUGCUCAUGGAACUUCGGGCGCAGCACAGUACAUCCCACUCCCAUGGCUGGCAGGUGGACAGCCCAAGUCUGACGUCGACGUGUCGAUCACGAUGAAUGGUGUCGAGUAUCACUCCUCAGGCUCAACGGUUCUGCACUUGUACGGAUCACCCCACGGGUUGAGCGUGAUACACCCGAAAUGCACUAUGGAUGGAUUUUCCGGUGUGGUGACGGAUUCCACGCUGGGCGUACUGAACGGGGGUCGAGACUGCCGACACAACUUGCUCAGCUACCCCGGUAACGCCGAGGCCGACGGGACAAUGAAACUUGACCCGGUCGAGGUGAGCUUGGCGGACAUCAACGGCACGGUGAUUAAAAACGACAUGGGCGUUGGUGGUAUCCGUGGAUUCAAAAUAACAGCUGCAGUGAACGCGACUGGCUCUGAAGGAUCCAGCAGGAACAUCCUGACCCUGGCGCCUGGUGGUGUGGAACGCACCACUGUGAAUGGCACCACAACUUUUGAGCUUUCACUCAGCUUUGUCCCAAUCCAGGGAGUGUACGAGAUUUUCUUCACCGGGGAGGAUUGCACCGAUGGAUCGACUUGGUUGGAGCCAAUGUUGAUGAUGUUAAUAUAA